AUGGACUCCGAGGGCCAGCAGCAUGGGGCGGUGUCCCCGCUGGGCAGCGCCAGGGCCUCCCACGAAGACAUAAGAAAAGUUGUAGGUGUGCUGCACCUGCAGCAAGAAGCAGAAAGAGAUUCGGAGCUGCAGGAGCUCCACGACGCACACGAACUUCCCCGCGACAGAUUCUCCCCUAGGGGCCACGAGGAAGCUGCGGCAGCGCCUGCACCGCCAGCAGCAGCAAAAGCAGCGGCAGCAGCAGGAAUAGAAGCAAGAGCAGAAGCAGCAGCAGCAGCAGAAGCAGGGCGAGAGCCAGCUAGCUUUGAGAGAGGCGCGUCUAAUUUGUCCCCCUCAAAAGAACAUAUAAGCGAAACUGUGGGAGGCCUCUCCCCGACCACAGACAGCUCCGCCCCCAAUAUGUGGUGGGGGGCCCCUGCUGCCUCCGGCGAGAAUGAAGAAGCCCCAACCUUAAAGUCUGGGUCUUUUCUCAACGCGCAGCUGCAUCAGGAGCAGCAGCAGUUGCUGCAGCAGCAGCAGCUGCAGCAGCAGCUACAGCAGCAACAGCUGCAGCUCGAGCAGCAGCAGCCACUGCAUCUACAGCAGCAGCAGCAACUGCAGCAGCAGCUGCAACUGCAACAGCAGCAGCAGCUGCAACUGCAGCAGCAGCAGCAGCAGCACCUCCAGGUGCGUCAACAGCCGCUGCUAUCGCUGCCGCAGGAGGAACCCGACUGGGGCCCAGCAGCAGGAGAAUCAGCUGCUGCUGUUCCCGCGACGCUCACGGGUUUUUUGCGGCUAGCUAGAGAUGCAGCACCUUCGCGCACAGCUGCAGAGUUCGUUGUGUGCAACUUGAGGCCCAUGAGGCCAUCGAGCUCGGGCAACGGCAGCAGCAGCGGCAGCAGUAGCAGCAGCAGCAGCAGCGAAGCCAGGGAGAAGACAGAGAGCCGUCUUGACCAGCCCUGUGCUGUCGUGCUGCAGUCAGCGACAAUGCUGAAGGAAGAUUCGCUGCUGCAGCAAACUAAAGAGCAUCAGCAGCUAGCCAAGCUGCUGCGGGACACCACAGCACGAGCUACUCGCUACAAGGAGAGGCUGCUGCGUGCAGAGGAGGAGAAGCGCGAGCUGCUGCAGACUGUAAGGCAGCUGCAGCAGCAGCAGCAGCAGCUUCAACAGGAGGUGGAGCGAACAACCUAUCAGUUUAGGGCCCAACAGGAAGCCUGGGGGAGAAAAGACAGACAGCAGCAGGAGCAGCUAAGCCACCUCGCCAGCAAACUUAAGACAAACGCCCAGGAACUGGGAGCUCUACGAAACUUCAGGAUGCUUGAAGCUGAGGGCAGACAGCUGCAGCAGCAGCAGCAGCUGCAGCAGCAGCAGCUGCAGCAGCAGCAGCUGCAGCAGCAGCAGCUGCAGCAGCAGCAGCUGCAGCAGCAGUUGCAGCCGGUGCAGCAGCUGCAGCAGUCGCAGCUGCAGCCGCUGCCACCGCCGCAGCAAUCGGAGCAACUUCUGCAGCAGCAGCAGCCGCAGCUGCAACAGCUGGAGCAGCCGCAGCAGCAGCGGCAACAGCUCCAGCAGCAGUUGUCCGCGGAGGGCGCAACGGAGAAAGUAGAAGGAUACAAGAAGGCUCCCUUCCGCAACCGUUCCUACACACAUGCCGUAACCGAGCUACACCGCCAACAGCCAGCAAUAGCAGCAGGAGCAGCAGCUGCAGCACCAACAGCAGCAGGGGCAGCAGCAACGGGCUUCCGUCCCCGCAGCAAGACUGACUAUCGGGCCAGCCCGAUGAGUCUUCAGGGAGAGCAGCUCUUGCCUUUUGAAAGAAACCAAGGGGCCCUAGAAAGUUCCUCAACAAGCACCCAGGGGUCAGAAGUGAGCCCCAAACACCAGCAGCAGCUGCCGCAGCAGCAGCAGCAGCAAAUGGAAAUGGGAGCGCACAGCCAGUGGGGAUGCGAGCCGCUGGCCCUGCAGAGCGUCAAUCGCCAGCGCGCCAAGACAGCCCACAUGUCCCAACAAUGGCUGCAGCAGCUGCAGCCCCGCAACACCGAUCUGGCGCAGCAGCAGCAGCAGCUGCUGCUGCUGCUGCCUGCAGAUGCUGCAGAAUGGGGACACAGCAGCAAACAGAAAGCGGCGGGGCAGCUAAAAAGCAAAUCCAAAAGUGUGAUGCUGCGCUCUCUCCCUCAGCGCGAAGAACUGACCGCUUCGGGCCGGGCGCUGAGAGGACUUUUGCCGCAGCAGCAGCAGCAGCAGCAGCAGCUGUGGCAGCAGCAGCCCACGCAGCAACUGCAGAGAGAACUGCAGCAGGACCUGCAGCAAGAGCAGCUGCUGCUGCAGCAGCAGGAGGGGGAUGAGGUAGUGCAGUGGCAGGCUGAGGCACUCGAGGAUGAAGAAGAAGCCUCAAGUGAAGGGGCCGCGGCCUCCCUGUCUUCUCUGCAGCUAGACGGCGACAGCUCCGACGGGGGGCCUCCAGGGGCCCCCCACUCCUCUAGGGCCCACCGCAUGCAAUCUUGCUUCGUCCCAGGGAGCCCCAGUUCUAGGGGCGCAGAAGCAGCAGCAGGCAGCAGCAGCAGCAAAGCUCUCAGCACCCCUCGCAGCGCCACACAGUUUCCCCAGAGCCUGGAGCGCCAGGUGCAGAGCAUCCGGCAGCAGCUGCUGCUGAACGACAGCUACAAGCUCGCAGGCCUCGCCCAUAAGCAGAAGCAACAGCAGCAGCAGAGGCAGCAGCAGCAGCUAGAAUGCCUGGAUCCAGAAGGCACAAACGCAGCUGCUGCGGAAGCAGACGAAGAAGGAGACAGAGCUGCAGCUUUUCAGAAACACCAAGACACUCGACAACCAAAGCAGCAGGCAGGGGGACUUCCAAGGCUUAGGGCAGCCUCGACAGCAGCAACAGCAGCAGCAGCAAAGGCAGCGCCUGGCGGCUCCCCUUCCUCGCGAAUUCGGAGCCAGACCGUCUCGGUGAGCAAGUUGAGGGGAGACUGGGAUCAGCCAGAAGAUGCAGCAGCAGCAGCAGCAGAAGCAGAGAGAGCAGCCGAGAACUUGGAGGCAGCUCUUGAUGAAAGCAGCGAAGAAGACGGAGCUAGCAAUGGGCCGGGGCACUCUGCCUCUCCCCAGUCUCCUUUGCCAGCCCCAGGCCGGGAGCAGCUGGCCGUCUCAUCUCCGUUUUCGGAAAAGGUGAUGCAGCAGCAGCCAGUAAAAGACGUCGAGCCAGCAGCAGCAGCUGCAGCAGCACCAAAACUAGCUCCAGCGGCGCAACAGCAGCAACAGCCAGAGACGCACUAUGCGACUCCUGCUGCAGGAGCUGUGGGCAGGCCUGAGAGGGCAGCAGAGGCUCCUUCAAAAGGCAGAAGCAGCCCUAAGGCCUGGGCACCUUCUAGCUGCUUCCACUCCUCCCCCAAAGAGCCACAGUCUAUGGGACACAACAGCACUCAGCAGCAGAAAGCAGGGGACGGGGCCAAGAACCACAGCGCAGCACUGCAGCAGCAGCUACAACAACAGCAGCAGCAGCAAACACCACCACAGCAACAACUUCAGCAACUGCAGCAAGGCCAACAACCAAAGCUGCACCACGACCAUCGGUAUCAACAGAAACAGCAGCAGCAGCAGCAGCAGCAGCAGCAUUUCCACUCGCAGCAGCCCCUUCAGCAACAACAGCUCUUCCAGCAGCAGCAGCAGCAGCUUCCCCAGCAGCAGCAGCAACAGCAGGAUAAGCAGCGCCGCCUGCACCGACCGUUGCGGCGAACGUCGCCAGGCAGAUUGGGAGAAGCUGUUGCAACUCAGACUUCCUGGCUGCUACCUAGUGGGGAUACACCUUUUGCAGCAGCUGGCCCGCAGGGGCCCCAGGGGGCCCCCGAGGUGCCUAGAGCUGCGACGCACUCGCAGCCCGUGCUGCACCAAGAUGGAGUUGACUACCUGCCGCCUGCUGUCGGAGACUGCGCCACGCUCUCUAGCCUCAGCAGCAGCAGCAGCAGCAGCAGCAUCAGGCGCCCCGACCUCACCGAGCAGCUAGGCUUUCAACAACUGCAGCUGCUGCAGCAACAACAGAAAGCUUACCCACAGCCCCUGUGCCAGCCGCUUGCUGACUCGUUCCAGCCGUCCCCGAAGCCCCCGCGGCCUGUGCUGCGGCACCAGCUGCAGCAGCAGCAGCUGCUGGUGCUGCAGCAGAGGAAUGAAGGCUUGCAACUAGAGACCACAGGCGACUGCGCAGGCCACAUGCCAGCCCCCUCCGUCUGCAGCAGACCCGGAGACUUGCUGCAGUGCGUGGCGCUGCAGCAAGCCGCCACUGCGGUGGCUGGGGUCUUUCACACGGAGAGUGUUGCUGCUGAAGAUAAGGCCAGCCACUUGCUGGAGGAGAAGGUCUUGAGCCUGCAACAAAGGCAGACGCAGCUGCACCACCAGCAGCACGAGCAGCGCAAGCGGCUCGUGCAGCAGCAGAGACUCUUCCAGCAGCAACAGAGGCUGCUCGUGCAGCAGCAGCUGCUGCAGCAGCAGUUGCAGCAGCAGCUGCAGCUGCAGACGCAGCAGCGACACCACCGGGGCUUGUUCAGCAGAUCUCACCACAGAAGCGCCACACCUCAAGUGCAGCAGCAGCAAAUAAAAGGAUCGCGAAUGCCUGUCCCCAUUGUUGAGAUGAAGGGCCCAGCGUCUGGGGGUCUUGUGUACAUGCAGGUGCAGGAAGCAUCUCGAUGGUAUUCGCAGGGCGUGGUGCAGCAGCAACGGCUGCAACGCCACCUGCAGCAGCAGCAGCAGAGCUCCCGCUGCAUUUUGCCGCUGACGGCGAGCGCAGCAGGGGCAGCAGGCGCAGCAGCAACGGGGGCCCCAGCCACUCGAGUAGGCAUGCAGCAGAGGCGUUUGUAUGAAAGCCUAGCCCCCGGAGGGCCCACUCUUAACAAAGAGCCUCUGCUUCCUGACACAGCAGUCCGAAAAGAAACAGCCCCCAGCCCCAUCACAUCAGUGCUGGCCACGCCCCCUUGCAUGCUCUUGCCAAUUUCAACGGCCCCUGUACUCCCCGUGGCUGCCUCUGCCCCUGCGAGCUUUUGCGCAGCCUCGGGGGGCCCCGCCAGAGCUGCUGUUGCCGCGCCGCGGCCUCCCUCAGCGGCCCAGCUGCCCCGGUAA